UUCUCCUCAUCAAGAGGAUCUAUUGGUUAGCAAGUGAUGUAAUGCUAAAUUUCUCUAAAGAAACAAACUCAUCUACAUCUUGAAUGUCAUUUUUGGGUGAACUGUUCCUUUAAACAUCUAUCAGGUACGGUUUGUGAGCGUGACUUCCUUUCAGUGGGUGGAAGAGAAUCAUCCUCUUCUGAGUUUCAAAGCUCUGAAUUACAUUUCCUUCUUAAAACUUUUUUUGAAUGCAAGCAGAUUUCGUAAUCUCCAUGUAUUUUAACUGCGGAAAUGACACAAAGAUCAUCCACCAUCUUAUCUGUCUUCUAGUGUGGUGUCAAGGUGUAGAAACAUUAACACAGCUAACACAUUUGGGAGACAAUGUGUUCAUAAACUGUGAUCUUGAAGAAAAAGAGAUCUAUUGGAUGCUAGUAACGAUGGAACUACCAAAUCGUCCGGUUAUAAUAUUGCGGUUGUUUUCAACGUCACCAACUCCUUUUUACUACAAUGCAAGUUUCAGACCCAAAUAUUCAGUGCAACACGAAAAUCGUCUUUUUAUCAAAAAUGUCACUCUUGACGAGUUAGGCGUUUAUUACUGCAUGACCACAGAGGCACCUCCCAAAUUCAGCAACAGCACCAGACUUCACAUCUCUGAACCAGCUAAAUUACUUGAAUGCCAGAAUCACACUGUGGUGGAGAAUAUUGAGCAGAAUCACAUGGUGGUGAAUUGUACUGACCAAAUUCAGAGACCGUGGAUGAUAUUUGUUAUCUUAUCUGGUCUGAUGCAUGGUGUUCUGGUCUUUGUGGUCAUUGGUGUAUGUUACUACUCUAGAAAUAUUUUAAAAAGACAAGAAGAAGAUUUAGAGGGGACUCAGAUUAUGCCUCUGGAACAACGUAAAGAGCCAAAAACUGUGUAUACUGAGGUGGGCUUUUCCUUGACGUCUGAAGAGUUUGAAAAAAACUGGUGCUUUUCUCCUGCAGCACGAAUCAUAAACAGAAACGCUCGUUCCUGACCUUAGACCAGCGGGUUGUUUAUACUUUUGUUUUAAAUACAUAAUUUCAUAACAUAUGUUUACUUUCUUAAUUAAUAAAAAAAUAACGAAGAAAUAGACAUCACAAAUGAACUUUUCUCUCUUUUUUAAACAAACAAUGCAGUCAUCCACCUACUUGAUGAUGGCUAGCCAGACACAUCUUUGCAGUUCAAAUGUAGGCGGUGUGGUUAGCCUUGGGCAGUUAAGCUCAGGAAAGCUUUUCACACAUGGUCACCUGAUCACCAGUGAACUGCAAAGCCAGGUAGUUUAACCUUUAACAGUAUGAAGCUUUUUGUUUUAUUAUUAUAUACAUUGUGAUAUAUAGAUAUAUAUUUAUAGAUGUAGAAAUCUAAACAAUUGUGCAGAAACAGCAAUAAUCAUUCUAUCAAAUUGUUAAAACCCCACUGACUUGCACUGACGUUCGUUUUUCCAUUUGAGGUUUGGAAAAUCAUGUUAUGGCAAUAUGUCUAAAGCGGAUGGGAACCAUCUGUCUAGACAAAGAUGAGACCAUAUGAGUCAUUAUUUCUCAAGUGACCAAUUCAGUGGAACUGAUGGUUUAAGUACUGAGCUUAACUUAACACUUUACUUGAGCUAAACCACACUGCAAACACUGCUGCGAAGGAGAGUCAAAAGUUUGCAUGUACAGAUUUAAUGUUGCUUUUCUUUUAGGAAAUGCAAAACAUCUUCCACUUCAUGUGAACACAAGCAAGCAAACACUCUGAAAGGUUCAACACAAUUUUGUGCAAUAUUAACGUAUGAAAUGACAUGUAAAAAUCGAAGAAGUUAAGCUGCAAAACUUUCUUGUUGUUGUCCUUCACACAACAAAGCCUUGCACUUACAGGAAGUCAGACUGAACUCUAACCACAUUUUGGCCAUUUUCUAUGUCAAGAGCCCACUUAAAAUGUUACAGCAGUUUACUCUAAAUAUAUUUCAACACAUAUAUGUUUUGGCCAUUUUAUUAAACUUCUUACAAAGUUUGAUCUUCUAUUCAUCUAUUUCCUAAACCGCUUUUCUUACAUGACGUUACAGGGUUUCUAGAGUCUAUUGCAUCUUUUGCUGUAAGUAAACACCCUGGACAGUUGAGCCCAGUCUCAUGAAAAUGUGUAUAAAUAGUACCCCAAAUAAAAACCAAAACCUGUGUUAUUGA